AUGGCCGACUAUCUUCUCUUCGAGAGCCCUGUGGGCUACUCGCUCUUCAAGAAUACCAUGAAGGGCGAUAUUGUGGGCAACAGCCUGAAGGAGGUCCAGACUGGUGUCAACGACCUUGCCAAGUUUGGCAAGAUGGUUGAGCUGGCUAGUUUCCUGCCUUUCGAAAACAACAAGCAGGCCCUCGGUGAAAUCAACGAUGUCUCUGAAGGUGUCGCCUCAGAGGCUCUGGUUUCUUUCCUCGAACUGAACCUUCCCAAGCCCAACAAGAAGGGCAAGGUCACUCUCGGCCUUUGCGACAAGGGUCUCGCCGGUAGCAUCAAGUCCGCCUUCUCCUUCGUGGAGUGUGAAACCGGUGACACCAGCGAGGUUGUCCAGGAUCUUCUCCGUGGCAUUCGUCUUCACUUCGCCAAGCUGCUGAACCAGCUCCGUGAGGGCGAUAUGGAUACCGCCCAGCUUGGUCUCGGUCACGCCUACUCCCGCGCUAAGGUCAAGUUCUCUGUCCAGCGUGACGACAACCACAUCAUUCAGGCUAUUGCCAUCCUUGACCAACUUGACAAGGCCAUCAACACCUUCUCCAUGCGUGUUCGUGAGUGGUAUUCUUGGCACUUCCCUGAACUGUACAAGAUUGUUUCGGACAACCAGCGCUACGCCCAGCUUGCGCUCUUCGUGAAGGACAAGAAGAACCUGAAUGAUGAGCACCUGCACGAUAUUGCCGCUCUCGUAGAGGACGACAAGGAUGUUGCCCAGAGCGUCAUCGAUGCCGCCAAGCACAGUAUGGGUCAGGAGAUCGGUGAAUCCGACAUGGAGAAUGUCAUUGCCUUUGCCGAACGUGUUGUCAGCCUUGCCAAGUACCGCAAGGAGCUUUACCAGUACCUGGUCUCCAAGAUGAGCGUUGUCGCCCCCAACCUGGCUACGCUGAUCGGUGAGGUCGUCGGUGCCCGUCUGAUCUCGCACGCUGGUAGCUUGACCAACCUGUCCAAGUACCCUGCCUCCACCGUCCAGAUUCUCGGUGCCGAGAAGGCUCUUUUCCGUGCUCUGAAGACCAAGGGUAACACUCCCAAGUAUGGUUUGCUGUACCACUCUUCCUUCAUUGGCCGCGCCGGUCCCAAGAACAAGGGUCGUAUCUCUCGAUUCCUCGCCAACAAGUGCUCUAUUGCUUCUCGUAUCGACAACUUCUCCGAGACCCCGACCACUAAGUUUGGUGAGGUUCUUAAGCAGCAAGUUGAGGAGCGUCUGGACUUCUACGCCACCGGUGCUGCCCCCACCAAGAACGAGGUUGCUAUGAAAUCCGCUAUGGAUGCCGUCCUUGCUGGCAUUGAUGUCGACGUUGAUGGCAGCGACGAGGAGAUGGAGGAUGCCGACAAGAAGGAAAAGAAGGACAAGAAGGAGAAGAAGGAGAAGAAGGAGAAGAGCGACAAGACUGACAAGAGCGAGAAGAAGAAGAAGCGCAAGUCGGAUGUCGGCGAGGGUGAGUCCGAGAAGAAGAAGAAGCGCAAGCACGGUGAUGAUGGAGAAUCUUCGAAGAAGAAGCACAAGUCUUAA